AUGGCAGACUCUCCCAGAAGCUCCUACUCACCAUUCCGUUCUUCCACUACAAUACCAGAACAUGUCGGCAAUUGGAGUUCCCGUCGGCGUGGCUCGUUAUCAUUAUCCCAAACACUUCUCGAUUUUUCCUCACCCCCGGCAGAUUUAGAACAGAUCCAUGCCUCUUCGUGCCAAACCCCCGGUCUGACAUCCUUUUCCCUCGCAUCGCCACCCAGUGCUUCCACCGAGCAGUUACUCCUCGGAGGGCUUUACUCUCGUGUCAAAAGUGUGGCUGCAGCAGUGCGGGAUGCGGUCGGGGUACAAAGUGGAGGCUCGGAUCGAUGUGGAGAUGUUGGCAGCGAGAGCUACCGUGGCAAUGCCGGGAGCAGGGAUUCAUUCCUGUCCGGGGCUUCCGACGAGCCCUCCGGCAGAGGCGCGCCUACACCACCCCUAUCUCCUACAAAGUUCCAACUUCCGCUUGCAGGCAAAAAAUCUAGAUAUACCUCGGGCUCAUCUCCUAAAUCCGGGUCACGAGUGUCGAGCAACAGUUCCUCCAUAGACACGAGCUCUGCUGGUCUUUUCGCCCCCCCAGCUGCUCUGCGCAAGGUUAACCUGUUAGCAAAUGGGGUAACGGUGCCUUCCCUGGCGCCUGUCACUGUAUAUAGGGAUGUUUCUGGGUAUGCUUCGGGAGGAGAGCCCAUCGGAAAUACGGUUGUUGGUCGUCAGGAUAUCUCCGGCAGUCCCCAAAAACCAGAAGGGAAGUGGAAGGGGAAGGACCCACAGAAUCCGACUGUGAAUGCACUCUUAGGGGCAACAGGAACGGUAAUAGCGGGAACAGCUGGGCAACCUCCAGUAUCGAUUCAGAGUGCGGCCGGAGGCGACGACGACGAUAAUGAUGAUGACGCCACCAUAGAUAACCGUGAUCGGGACGAUGGCAGUUUGUUCGUGGGAGAUGAAGAAUUUGGGAGUGUGAUGACAGAUGAAGAGGCCAUCACUGAUAGCAGUGAUGAUGAUGACAAUCUUGUUCUACUUAAUUCUAGGCUACCGGGCGGGCAUGACGUUGCCCAACUUAGAAGCUCCCGGAAGGCGGCCUCUACAGCCUCCAAGUCGCCCGCCAAUAUCUCCAGAGAUACUAACUCGCUAUCAAAGACGAGAUCUAACGGCUCGACCUUACUGCCGCCUCCAGCAAGGGAUAUCAACGGGCUUGGCCUAUCGCUAGAUUCGGACCAGAUGUUUUCAAAUUCUCACACUCCUCUCCCAUCGCCCCCCGGCACAAACCCCACCAACCCCACUACUAUAAGCUCAACACUUGGUCUACCACAACCACUCGAGAAAAAUCAUUCCUCUGCUUUACAACAGCAAAUGCAAAACUCUGGCCCAUCUGGACAUCUCUCGCUGCCGCCUCCAAACCUAAAGCCUCUGCCCGACCCAGCUCUGAGGAGAAAGCGUCCACCUCCUCCUGUCUCGAGAAUUAGCACAGACCAGAGCCAACUCCUUCCUGGCUUCAAGAUAACUAGAGAGCCCAGCUCAGACACCGAAUCAAGCCACGCGGCAACAUCCAAUGACGGGAAUCAUAAGCAGAGUGGCGAUUCGUCAGUGUAUAGACAGGGCUUCGAUGACGCUGGGAUAAGCAGUGAUACCGGCAUCACCGGUGCUGGUAAUUCAGAGGCUGUCAGCCAGGCAUUAAGGCAAUUGAGAAUGGGAAAUCUCACAAGGGACUUUUGGAUGAAGGAUGAAGUUUGCAAGGAGUGUUUUCUAUGUGGGAACACGUUUUCGGCUUGGAGAAGAAAGCAUCAUUGCCGUACGUCUGGGCCAUGAUAUCCCCUACUUCCGGGCGAUUACUACCGGUAUUAGUAGGGCCACGAAACUGAUGAACGUACGCAAUAGGAUUAUGCGGCCAAAUAUUCUGCUCCAAAUGCACAACAUUAAUCACCGGCGAAAGGUUCGGCCAUCAGGGAUCCAUGCGUGUCUGCAACCCUUGCCUCGCCAUCGUGAACGAUUAUCAGGAUGAAUCAGACUCUGACGAAUUUUCUUCCUCCACUGUCUUUCAUAAUAGCCGAGCUAUGGACCAGCGCAAUGGAACACCAACUGGCAACUCACCAUCUAACAGUGCUGCUGCUACCCCAAUAGGUGAACCAAUGACACCCUUCAGUAUGCCCAAGGAUAUGCGGCUUGGUACAACGCCCUUGAUGGCUAUUCCAGCGACAAGAAUGAUGGCUGGAAAGAAUCCAAAUAGACGCUCCCAAAUUCUUGAGAUUAAUGCGGAAUUGCCUUCUCCCCCCCGCCCCUCGUCUGUGCGCUCUGGGAAGGUGUCCUUGCCCCGGGCCGGUGCAACUGCGUCCCUUAAAAACCCUAUCGGGCACCCUCACCACCACCACCAUCACCACCAUCACCAUCACAAUCAUCACCACAAACAACACUCCCGCUCCCACCGAUGGCUUGGAAACACAAGCGUUAUCAACGAGCGCGCACCAUUCCACCGCAACCCCGUGGAUGAGCUUGGGUCGCACCGGAGACUUCCGGCUUUUCAUUCUGACAAUAUCAUCGAUCCCGAUCUUGCCCCAUACAUGAGUGACGAAGAUAUUAGUGAUCCAGAUCAAAUGAGUAUAUUUGCCACCAUUGCCCCAAAAUACCCUGAGGGCUUUGGGAGCGGCACAGCUGCUCAUGCAUUUGCGGCAACCACGCAGAGUGACAACACAUCUUCGGCAGGGCCUAAGACGUCAAACCCCUCCAAAUCAAAGUCAAGAAACCCGGGGAGUGCUGGUGGUAUGGCUUCAAUUCUGGCGGGUGGUAUUGGCGCAGGAGACCCCGGUUCGCCGAAAAAUAGCUUACUCCAUCCCGCACGGUCCACGCGAAAACGUGGUGCCAGUUUUCUGGGCAAUAUGCAGCCACGGCCGCCUACACGAUCAGGAAAAGGGCACCGUUUAAUGAGGUCAUUGGUUGGAACAGUUGGCGAAUCCUCCCUGUUUUCUGGUGCUGGGGCCAACGCAAUACCCUCGCCUAGGGCAAUUAGGACUGCUUCAAUGAGAGGGCCUCUGAUGCCUUUGGUCGAGCUCAAUACAGCGAGCUUGAAUCAUGUGCGAACUCUCUUACGGCAGCUAUUAAAAGACUCAGAAAUCAAGGAAGUCGAUAAGUGGGAAAGAGCUCUCAUGCCGAUACUUCUUAAAAGCACUGAUGAUCUCAAUCCUGACGUCCGUGUUGGAGAUACUAUUGAUAUAAGGCACUACGUCAAAGUAAAGAGGAUACCCGGCGGCACUCCCGGAGAUACGACCUACGUUUCUGGCGUGGUUUUCACAAAGAAUCUAGCAUUGAAGAUCAUGCCAAGAAGUGUCCCACAGCCUCGAAUAGUUAUCAUCACAUUCCCUAUUGAGUACCAGCGCCACCAACAGCAGCUCAUGAGUUUAGAGCCCGUUAUUGCGCAGGAAAAGGACUUCCUUCAGAAUAUGGUCAACAGGAUCAUCGCUCUACGACCCACUCUUCUUUUGGUUGAGAAAAACAUUUCCGGUGUUGCCUUACAACUCCUCUCGCAAGCAAACAUAGCCACUGCACAUCUUGUAAAGCCAUCAGUCAUCGAGGCAGUCGCGAGAUGUGCCCAGGCCGACAUUUUCUCAUCAAUCGAUAAACUAGCUCUACCGUCUUACAGAAUAGGACGAUGCGCGAGUUUCGACGUGAAGACAUUCGUGCAUGACGACAUUCCGGGGCGGAAGAAGACAUUUAUGUAUUUCUCCGGGUGUCCGAAAGAACUUGGUUGCACAAUUGUUCUAAGAGGUGGAGAUAUGACGACACUUGCGACCGUCAAAAGAAUUACCGAAUUGAUGGUUUAUGUAGUAUACAAUCUAAAGCUGGAGACUUGUUUGAUGAGAGAUGAAUUUGUCAACAUUCCUUCAACACCCGCUACAGGAGUCGUCUCAGCACAACCAACCCCACAAGUUCCUGAACCCUCUCCCCCAGCCUCGCCCGAACCGGUGCCAGCGGAUCCCGAAAAAUCUGUGAUUCCCGAUGGAGAGGAAGAGAAGGACGAGCCCGACCAGCCGACCAGCCCUCCACCGCCUUUACCCCAGAGCAUCUCGAGCAGAUUGCCAGAUGACCUUCUGCCGGAUGAUAUACCUAUGCCCACGUAUUACGAAGAUAUGGUGCGCAAUCAUGAGACAAAAGUCCUGUCUGCUUCUCCUUUCGUGAAGUACAUGCAACCAUAUCUCCUCAUGCGGGCGCGGGAAUUGGAGAGAAGACUUGUAUAUCUUCGCAGAUUGAAGGAUUCUCAACCAGUUGAGGAAGAAGAGGAAGGGCCCGAAACAGAGACCGAAGCAGAAAUGGAUAUGGCUGCUCAUGCUCAGGCAACCGAAAAAAUCGAGGGGGGGAAGGCCGGGCCGCCGGAAGUUUUUCAGCUAGUCCAGCCCGAGAUGGUUCAUGGGGAUAUUAAAAAUGGUAUGACGAAGAAAAUGGCAGAAGUUCUACGAGCAAUUCACGAUGCGGAAUACGAUAAAGCGUUAUAUGUCUAUGAAACCCAAAAGAAGCAAUGGGAGAACUACCUUGCCCAGUACGACGAUUUAUUUGAUCCAUGUGCUCACCAGAAUAUUGCCAUCCUUUACAGCCUAGUCUGCACGAUCACAAUGGUGCCCUGCGAAGGGCCGGAGAUACGUAGACUGGAGUUUUAUGUCCAGGACCCAGACUGGCCGCUCGAGCAAACCGAUUGCACGCUCGGGCAAUACGUCGAAUAUCUAUGCGAUACGGCGUUUAAAACCUGCAAUAGCGACACCUGCGACAAGAAAAUGAUCGACCAUCACCGUUCUUACGUCCACGGUCAAGCACGGGUGAACGUCUUUGUACGCGAUAAGAUGCCGAGCCCCAUACAAGGAAUGCACGAUAGUAUCUCAAUGUGGAGCUAUUGCAAAAUUUGCCCCGACAUGUCUAGCCCCCCGAUUCCCAUGUCAGAGAGCACUUGGAAAUAUUCUUUUGGGAAAUAUCUUGAACUUGCCUUUUGGAGCUCCGAGAUGAAGCUCAAGUCCGGCAGCUGUGUACACGAUUUGAAUCGUGACCACGUACGAUGCUUCGGGUACCGGGGCUUGACGGUCCUCUUUCAGUAUGAACCAAUAGAGCUUUUAGAAAUCGUUGUGCCGCGGACAAAAAUCGCAUAUAAACCCGAGAUUGACCUGCGAAUAAAGAACGAAUGUUAUACCCAAUAUGAGGACAAAAUGAAUCGGUUUUUUGCAUCGGUCAAUUCACGACUCCGGGACAUCAAGGUUAACUCGGUUAGCUCCGAUAAAAUAGACGCAUGCAAAGCCGAAAUUGAGACCCUAAAGGCAACUGCUGAUACGGAGCACAAUUGGCUCAUAAAGAAGCUACAGGAAAAGUACAACAAAUCGAAGUACUUCGAGAUUAUACCACUGAACCGAGCGCUGAGAGCUCUACAAGAGAGGGUUGUGGAAUGGGACGCCAGGUUCAGUGCGUUUGACAACGACUAUUUCCCUUCGGAGAAGGAUAUUCGACGGUUAGCUGCGCUCCAGCUCAAGAGGUUAUUCAUUGAUAAUCCCAACACGGCAAUACAAUCCGAUAACGAGCGAACACCCACCCCAGGUAAGGAAGGGAAACCAGCAACCGUGGACGGCACCACAACACCUAGUGAAGUUGAAUCCACGCCAGGAGAAAUGUCCUCCAAGCAAGCUCAUGACGUAUUAGCCUCAGUUGUUGAAGAAGAUGCGGAGAGCAGCCCGAAAAACGACGCAUCAAAAGAGAACAGAGCGACUUUAGAAAAGAAUGAAGACAAUGCCGAUGCUUCAAGCAUAACAACAGUCAUCCCAGAGAGUCGGCGGGAGUCGUUGGAUGACGCUACCCCAGGGCAAGAGCUUCCCUUUGAGCAAGCCGUCCCUUCACUCCCGGAGGCAACCUCAUCUGAGAACCCAGAACCUAGUAGUCCUACUGCUGUGGUACGACCUAAAUCACAAAGCAUCCCAUCCAUCAUCGAGGCAGUCAAUCAGGAGAUUCAAGUGGACCCAACAAAAGGCUCGGCCCAUCGUCCAUCAAUUGUGGCCCUAGUUCGAGAUUCCUCAAUACCAAGACCUGUCGAUGGGCGACGUAAGGUGCCUCCCCCUUUCGGGCGCACCCAUUCUGUUCCAGCCGUUCCUCAACGAAAACCCGAAACAACUGGACCAUCUGGUACUAUUUUGAGGCCCCUGACGUACGCGACCUCAAUGCCAAUCAAGAAGGCUCCCGACUCGAUUAGAGGAAAGGAUAAAAUCAGGGCUGAUAAGAAGGUCGCGGAAAAGACUCGGUUGGCAUCUCUUACACCCAGGAAAACACAAGAGAAAUCCCAGAUACCACGCUCCAUUCCACCGCCCAAGCGCAGGGAGUCAAAAGUUUCAAAUCUAGCCAAACACUUUGAGCAAUUGAGCCGAGAGUUCGAAAAGGAGAGAGCAAGAGAGAAAAAACAGCAACAAGCUAAGCGCUCCAGAGCUCUCCCAGUAGCUACUUCUAAACCUGUUGUUGAGGUAUAUCGUAGCGUCAGGGAGGCGGUUGAAGAGCUCUCUGACGAAGAGCCUCCCGUCGAGGUACCCACUCCAGGAAGAGGUCUCAGCAAUUUAACCGAGAGCACGGAGUCAACAGUCACUCUGAGAUCUCCUGAAGAGCUUCUUUCGCCGGAGGACGCCAUACCCUUAACUCCAAGUGAGCCCCCGGAAGAGUCUGAAGAGCUGAUUGCGCCGCCAAGUCAAGUUCAGUCUGACGCCGACGUGAGUGAUGAGGCAUCCCUAACAAGUGAUCCGGAGACCGUCCCUCCUCCUCCUUCCAUCGCCGACGCGUUGCCGCCACCCUUAGAUACACCGUUGCAGGAGAAGAGGGCUUGGAUGAAAACACUCUCCAAUUUCUGGGCCGAGCGUUCUGCAAGUGGUUGGUCAUCGUUGGAGUACCCAUUGUAGGUUCCGGCACACCUCCGUACAGGAUGUGUUACUGACACGAAUCGAACCCAGACACCCAACAGAUCAUGUGUUCAACGAUUCCGACAUCAUUGUUCGAGAGGAUGAACCAAGUUCCCUGAUCGCCUUCGCCCUCAACAGUCAAGACUAUGAGAUAAAACUAGACUCCAUUCGUAAUUCGGAUACCUUGGGCACUGAAAGGCCUCAGAGCUCUGAGGAAGCACUUCCCAGUCACCUCUUUGACGGCAAGGAACAUCCUGAGCUCGAGCGCUCGUUGCUGAAAACGACGGGCACUCACCUCAAAUACCGUGCGCCCCCAUUCUUUCGGCUUUUUUCGGGAUCGGCGUCCAAGCCCAGCACUAACAUAAUUCGCACUCCCUAGAAUUUCAAGAAGGCUCGGCGAAGAUGUUUUGUAAGAUAUUUUAUGCAGAGCAAUUCGAUGCUCUUCGACAAAAUUGCGGCGUGGCAGAUAGAUAUGUCGAAUCUUUGUCCCGGUGUGUCAAGUGGGAUUCCAAGGGCGGAAAGACAAAGUCGGUAUUUCUGAAAACCCAAGAUGAGAGAAUCGUGUUGAAAGCGCUAUCGCCUAUCGAGACGGCUGCAUUCAUCAAGUUUGCACCAGCAUAUUUCCAGUUUAUGUCCCAAGCCUUCUUCCACGAAGUGAGUACCACCGCCCCCCUUUCCUUUAACAGUUUGUAACCACAGAGCAUAGCUAACCUAACUGAGCCGUAGCUCCCAACUGUAAUCGCAAAGAUGCUUGGAUUUUACCAGAUAUGUAUUAAGAACGCAACGACUGGGACCGAUAUUAAGUGGGACGUCCUGGUAAUGGAGAAUCUGUUUUAUGAUCGCAAGACCACCCGAAUAUUCGACCUCAAGGGAUCCAUGCGUAAUCGAUACACUCAUGCCACGGGCGACCAGAACGAAGUAUUACUCGACGAGAACAUGGUAGAGUUCAUUUACGAGUCCCCCCUGUUUGUGAGAGAGCACUCGAAAAAGCUCCUCCGUGCGUCCUUGUGGAAUGAUACGCUAUUUCUGUCCCGACAGAACGUCAUGGACUAUUCUCUGAUGAUAGGAAUCGACGAGGCGAAGAAGGAGUUGGUCGUUGGAAUAAUAGGUACGUAACCCCCCCCUCUCUCUCUCUCUUGUUCGGCCGGCCCCAUCCUCUUUUUACACCUUUCGGUCUUCCCCUCUCUUCCUCUUCCUACCGGCCCCCUAUUUCAGUCUUCUUACCCCUGUACUGACGUCACACCACACCAAGACUGCAUCCGAACCUUCACCUGGGACAAGAAACUUGAGAGCUGGGUCAAGGAAAAGGGAUUCGCCGGCGGUGGAGGGAAGAAACCAACAGUCACCAGUCCGAGGGAAUACAAGCAUCGAUUCCGAGAGGCAAUGCAAAGAUACGUCCUGGAAGCGCCAAGGCAAGCCUCCUAAAUCGUCCGCCUACUUUUCACCUCUCCUCCCCUAUCAUUGGUUGCAAAACCUACACUCCUCCGCCUUAUUUUUCUACCCCCCAAACCGUUACACAUCAUUGAACCCCCCCCCCCCCUUCCCCCACCAGCGAGCAAGCAGGCUGACACGGCGGCAAAUUCUAACAAUAGUUGCUGGCAUCUGUUCCGGGUGGGGAAAUACAUGGGUGCCGUUCCAGUCCGGCUUCAGCCCACCGAGACCAAAGAGUCAUUGGGUUCGACGACGACGGCGACGACGGCGACGGAGGGGAAAGAUCAACUGGAGCAACAGCAACAGGUUGACAAUGAGUAAUUUUUCUGAGGCGAUAUGUAUGGUAUGGUCUUCCCUGCUGGCGGCUACCUACCAAACCCAGUACGCAAGGCAAAAUCCCGAGGCCAAGUGCGAAGUCUGUGCGAUCGGGAGAACACGGGGGAAUGGAUGGGAGAGGAAAAAAAAAAGUGCGCGAAGCGAUUGUGCGUAGCGGCAGUGCCGUUUAUUCGUCGCAGUGACCGCAAUAUGAUUGAUGAUUGAUGAUGAUGAUGAUGAUGAUGAUGGUUAAUGAUAGAUACGUAGCGCUCUGCAUAGGCGGAGUCUCUCUUGUUUGCUCGCUUGUUGAUCGUUUCGCCCACGAGAAUCACCCCUUUUAUUCUAUGAUACGGUACUUUUUCACUUCAUUACUUUUUCUUUCCUUUUUUUUUUCUUUUUCCUUUUUUUUUUAAUUUUUUACAUACCUGUACUAGUACAGUUCUCGAGUACAGUACUACCAGUAGUAUGAUGCCUUUAUCUUUA